AUGUCCGCGGCGCAGGUGUCGGCGGCGCCCGCCGAGCGGCGGGGCUGGGGGGGUGCCGAGGGAGGACGAGGAGGCAGCGACUCGGCGGUCAGCCGGCCCCGGGAGUCGGAGGAGCCCCGGCGGACAGAGCCCGGCACCUCUCGCGGUGAGGAGGCCUCGGAGGAGGGCGACUGGCGGCGGGGGCCGGCGGUGGAAGCCCCGCCGCCCAAGGAGAAUCCGUGGAGGAGGCGCGGCCCGGCGGGGAGCAGCCUUUCCCCUCCCGCGGCGGACGGGCCGCUCGGCCCGCAGGACCCAGAACUACAAAAUUCCACUAAAGUUAUAAAAGCAGCAAAACCCAGGACGAGGAAAUGCAGCAAGGGUGGUGAUUUUGGUGAUAUAACAAACUGGCCAACACCAAGUGAAAUAGCAAACAAUGAAUGUAAGACUGUAAGCCACAGUAAGAAGCCAAUAAAUAGAAGAGAAAAGGAGGAGAAAUCUGAUCAAAAAACCAAUAAUGGAAUCAAGGACAACCUGGAGACCAAGCCAGAUGGUCCAGGAGAUAAUAUUAGUGAAGAUGAAGCUCAAACAAAUAAUCAAAGGAAAAAAGGUAACAAGCAGAAAUGGGUGCCACUUCACUUGGAUGACAUAAGGUCAGACAGUCAAGAAAGACCAGGCUCUAGAACCAGCUCAAGGUUUGCUCUGGACACAAACAAGUUGAUAUCUCAUAACAACCGACGGAAUGAGACAAGAAACUGGCGUCGUGACAGAGAAAAGAGAGAGGAUCAUGAUGAAGUGUGCAGUGUGAGAAGUGAGGGUGGCAGCAUCCGAGGAUCCUCCAGGGGCAGAGGAAGAGGUAGAGGCAGAGGAAGAGGACGAGGCAGAGGAAACCCCAGAAUGAACUUUGAGUAUUCAGUUGGUUAUCAAGAACUGUAUGGUGAAGGAACUGAUCAAGUGUUUCAACCUGAGCUUAAUGCUAGCAUAAUGUAUUACUAUGGUGAUGGAACAGGAGUGCAAAUGUAUUCUGUGGAUGAAACACUUCUCAAAGAAUAUAUAAAACAUCAAAUUGAGUAUUAUUUCAGCACAGAAAAUUUGGAAAGAGACUUCUUCCUGAGGAGAAAGAUGGACCAGCAAGGAUUUCUUCCUGUCUCAUUGAUUGCGAGCUUCCGUCGGAUGCAAGCUCUGACUACAAAUGCUGCACUCAUUUUGGAGGCUCUGAAGGACAGUACAGAAGUUGAAACUGUGGAUCAGAGGAUAAGAAAAAGAGUUGAUCCAGAAAAGUGGCCAAUUCCAGGUCCUCCUCCAUGCAGUCUGCCACCCACUGACUUUUCUCGGCUCAUCAAUUGCCCAGAAUUCAUACCAGGCCAAGUUUUUGGCUCACAUACUGAGUCUGCACCAAGUUCUCCAAGAAUGGGAAGCCCACUGAGUCCAAAGGAAAACACUGAAAGGAGUAAUUUUCAGACUAUGUCCAAAGGAUUGUCUACAAGUUUGCCUGAUUUGGACUCUGAACCCUGGAUAGAAGUGAAAAAGAGACAUCGUGCAUCCACGGUGAAAAAAAAGGGAAGUGUUCCUACACCUGAACAAACACCAGAUCAACAACAACCACCCCCACCUCCAGAGGAACAAGAGCAAGAAGAACUUGAUUUUUUGUUUGAUGAAGAGAUGGAACAAAUGCAGAGUCAGAAGAGUAAAUUCACCGAUUGGUCAGACAGUGAUUCUGAUUAUGAAAUUGAUGAUCAGGAUGUAAACAAGAUUUUGAUUGUAACACAGACACCACCAUAUAUGAGGAAACAUUCUGGUGGAGAUCGUACUGGCAACCACGUGGUCCGUGCAAAAAUUACAUCAGAACUUGCUAAAGUUAUUAAUGAUGGUUUGUACUACUAUGAGCAGGAUCUGUGGAUGGUGCAGAGUGCAAAUGACACUAUGAUGAAGCAAGAGAUUGAGAAUUUUAAGAAGCUAAAUCUCAUUAGUAAGGAAGAAUUUGAUAAUCUUGCACCAGAACAAAUUGCUGAUCCAACUCAAGAAGUUCCUCCAGGACCUCCAGGGUUACGGAAAGACUUAGCAGAUGAGCUGGCUUGUAAUUCUAUGAGUACUGAGGUACCUCCAACCACAGCAGUGGCUCGGUCACUGCCAACAGCAGUUCCUGAUCCCCCCUGUGUUCACCCUGGUUUCACCCUGAGGACACCUCGCACCCCCAGGUUACAGGAUCCAAACAAAACACCCAGGUUCUACCCUGUUGUUAAAGAAGCACGAGCUAUUGACAUGAAGACUCCAAGAAAAAGAAAAACAAGACACAGUACAAACCCUCCCUUAGAAUGUCAUGUUGGUUGGGUGAUGGAUUCCAGAGACCACAGGUCAAGAACUUCCUCUGUGAGCAGUUCCAAUGCUUCGCCUUCAGAAGGAGCUCCACUGGCAGGAGGUUAUGGCUGUACCCCAAAUUCUCUUCCAAAAUUUCAGCAUCCUUCUCAUGAACUGUUAAAGGAAAAUGGCUUCACUCAGCAGGUGUACCACAAAUACCGCCGAAGGUGUCUAAUGGAGAGGAAACGGUUGGGAAUUGGUCAGUCCCAAGAAAUGAACACACUUUUUCGUUUCUGGUCCUUUUUUUUGAGAGAUCACUUCAACAAGAAAAUGUAUGAAGAAUUCAAGCAACUUGCUCUAGAUGAUGCAAAAGAACACUACAGGUAUGGAUUGGAAUGCUUGUUUAGAUUUUACAGCUAUGGCCUAGAAAAGAAAUUCAGGCAAGAGAUAUUUAAGGAUUUCCAAGAAGAAACAAAGAGAGACUAUGAAGCUGGUCAGCUAUAUGGACUGGAAAAAUUUUGGGCUUAUCUGAAAUAUGCUCAGCACAAGACCCCAGCCAUUGACCCCAAACUGCAGGAAUACCUUAGUAACUUUAAGAGGCUUGAGGACUUCAGAGUGGAUCCUCCUAUUAGUGAAGAAUCUGGCAGAAAGAGACCAGUUGCUGCAACAGGUGAGGAUUUAGGUCAUCACAAACAGCAGUCUAGUUUUUCUAAAACACUUCUUGUCGCUGCCUGUCAGACCCAGGCACUGGGUAGUGUUACCAGUGGGAAUACUGUGCAAGCCUCCAGAGGCCAUAAAAAUGCUGCCAGGAAAUCUAUAGAAAGUGAUGUACCAGAAAAAUAGACUGCAGACAAGCUCACAGCCCUGAGAAUCAACUUGUGCAUCACUCUUAAUCGGGAGAUCUUCAAGGCGAACCAAUCUAGCACGUGAUUCUAAAUGCAUGGGAAGACAAAGGAUUGGAUUCUUUUUUUUCCACAGAACACUUACCCUAGGAGAGUUGCUCUUGGUUUUGGGAUCAUCGGAAGGAUCCUAGGGAAUAUUCUUUGGCUUCAGUAUUGCUUUCCUCAAGCUUUUGUUUACAAAGAACUGCAUUCCUUGCAUAUGCAAAAAAUGCUUUGGGGAUGCCUUACAUUUCAGCUCGUAUUUCUUGAAAAAGGUAUGAUAUACCCAUGUUAUUUACUGUGCUUUCUUUACCCAGAUUUUCCCCUUAUUUGUAUUUUACCAAAGCAAAAAAUACGAUGUUAUAUGCAGAAUUUGAAAGGAAAGGUCUAUGUGAUUGGUUUGCUCUUGAAUUUAUUGAAUUAUUAUAAAAAGUAUGUUUUUGUGCAGACAGCACACUCGAGAAUGUGCAGCUGUAUAUGGAACUGCAUUUCUGGAUUCUAUUUAAAGACAUAAUUUCUAUUUUUUUCAGGGUCUCCAUAGUUAGUAUUUUAAUAAAUAUGGAGUUUGAGUGGACAUAACUGGGAUAGUUUUGCAGAUAAUUCCUUCAGUACUGGUUCUUAAUGGCUCAAGCAACAAAAAAAUACAGGGAAAAAUGGAUCUGUUGAUUUCACAGUGUCUUAAAUUAAUAUCUAUAGUUUGUGCAGGCUGUUAAAAUAGCAAGCAGUUCAAUUAUUCUUGGCUUGAGAGUUGUCUUCAUUUGAAUUCUCUUAUGAAGUACUUUAGCAGGAGAGGCAUAAUUU